GCCACUUCCACUUCCAUUUAUCGAGCAAACACAAACUUGUCACUCGUGCCACCGCCAUGCGAAGUCCGCGACACUAGCCCUACCUUUCACUCUUAUCUGACCCUUCACUGCGGGGGUCGUGGAAGAAGAAGAGCCACCCCGGUCUGGACCCUCUUUUCUUUUAAUCACCGUAGAAGUGUGUUCUGUCCCGUUGGCGCCAUGCCCAACAUCGUGCUUUUUAGCGGGAGCUCUCACCACGACCUGUCGCAGAAGGUGGCCGACAGACUGGGGCUGGAGCUGGGCAAAGUCAUCACCAAGAAGUUCAGCAACCAGGAGACGUGUGUUGAAAUCGGGGAGAGCGUGCGUGGCGAGGACGUGUACAUCAUCCAGAGCGGCUGCGGGGAGAUCAACGACAACCUGAUGGAGCUGCUCAUCAUGAUCAACGCCUGCAAGAUCGCCUCGUCGUCCCGUGUCACCGCAGUUAUCCCCUGCUUCCCCUACGCCCGCCAGGACAAGAAGGACAAGAGCCGGGCCCCCAUCUCAGCAAAACUGGUGGCCAACAUGCUGUCGGUUGCCGGGGCUGACCACAUCAUCACCAUGGACCUGCACGCCUCGCAGAUCCAGGGUUUCUUCGAUAUCGCUGUGGACAACCUGUAUGCAGAACCCGCUGUGCUGCAGUGGAUCAGGGAGAAUAUUCCGGAGUGGAAGAACUGCAUCAUCGUGUCCCCAGAUGCCGGCGGAGCCAAACGGGUGACGUCCAUAGCGGACCGCCUCAACGUGGAGUUCGCCCUCAUCCACAAGGAGCGCAAGAAGGCCAAUGAGGUGGACCGCAUGGUGCUGGUGGGCGACGUCAAGGACCGCGUGGCCAUCCUGGUGGACGACAUGGCUGACACCUGCGGCACCAUCUGCCAUGCUGCCGACAAGUUGAUUGACGCCGGCGCCACCAAAGUCUACGCAAUCCUGACGCACGGCAUCUUCUCGGGGCCAGCCAUCUCGCGCAUCAACAACGCCCCCUUUGAGGCGGUGGUGGUCACCAACACCAUCCCUCAGGAGGAGAAGAUGAAGUCCUGUGAGAAGAUCCAGGUGAUUGACAUCUCCAUGAUCCUGGCGGAGGCCAUCAGGAGGACUCACAACGGAGAGUCUGUCUCCUACCUCUUCAGCCACGUGCCUUUGUAGGAGGGGGGGCGAGGCUGUGAUCAGGGGGAGGUCUCCAUGGUAACCUCACAUCCUGCAUGCACCUUAUUUUUGUUCACGUGCAGAAUAUCCGUUUUGUGAGCCCACCGGCAAUUGGGGCCAAUCACGUGGGACGCCCUGAGAAAAGAGUCACGCCCACACCGCUCUUCCACUGAGAAUUCCAACCGACGCAAUGAUGACGUCACUUCCUUUUGUAUUUAUGAAUAAAGUAGAUUUGUUUUGGGUUGUUUGAAGAGGAUUAAUUGGCCAGCCUCGGUAGCCGGGGUCAGACGUUUAACCCGAGGUACCGUCGGCCAAAAGUAUUUUGUUUGUCUUGAAUUGACCUCACACUUGAAUUUGAAAUGUUGACAUUAUAAACCCUUUUCCACCAACAAAAUUUCUUUAAAAUACACAAUCAUUCUCGCCCAAUGAGUAAUUCCAAGGUAUCUUAUGACUGUUAGUCUUUUGACACUUUUUUCUUUGACACUUCCUAAGAGAGUGAGUACCGGUUUCAGACAUUUUUUUCAGGUAAAAACAGGAUCCCAGAACCAGCCACUUCUAUAUAUAACCUAAAAUAUAAAAAAAAUUCCACUGGCACGCCUGGCCAUUUACUAUCUUACCAGGGAACUGCUUCAAGUUGUUCUCCUGUGUCCGAAAAUAGCAGUGUGUCGAGAGUUCUCUUUUUUUUCCUUUUGUUUUAUCCUGAGCAAACAAGAGAAAGAAGCCAGAGGGUCCAGCCAAUCCUCUGUGCCCUUUGCCAGGACGUGACCUGGAGACCGCGUCUCCUCCGCAGACUUUGAGGCUGAAUGCCGCCCCCAGACCCAGAAGAUGUAGGACUGGUAAUAAGUGGUGAAAACGUAUUCAUCAGUCAUAUGUUGACAGAGACAUCUUAAACGACAACUCAUUCCUUUGUUUUGUAUGUAGUUUUACACGGUCAUGAUAUCACUGGUUUCAAACUGUAGGUCAUUUUCAAAUAAAGGAUUGAUAUGCAUUCA